CCCCUGUCCCGUCUCCCAGGCCUCCCCGGACUCGCGCUCGCGCACCCCCAACCUCCAGGGCCGCCUUCUACGCUCCGUCUACCCCUGGGCACUGACGCCUGCCCGUCGCCCACUAACCCGCCCUCCCGGGUCGCGGCCAGGCGCGUUCCGGAGGCACCGCCGGACGAGCAAGGGUCCUCGAGCUGCGGGCCGGUGCGCUGCGGAGAGCCCGCCGCCCCGCCGCCCCGCCGCCCCGCCGCAGCCGCCGGGUACUUGCCGAGCGGGCGGCCGCUACGCUCCCCAGCCGCAUUGCGCUGGGGUGGUCGGUGACUGGCUCCUGAGCGGCAGCCGCCUCGGCCAAUCGAAGCCCGCCAUAGAGCCAAGGCGCUCCAAUGAGCGUGGGGCGAAGCGCAGGAAGCGGAAGGGGCGGAACCACGAGCGGGGCGGAAGUGGCUUCGCUCGGGAAUUGCCCGGUCCGGGGAUGGCGGGAGCCGGACACGCGGCGGCGGGAAAGGCGGCAUGUCGGGGUUCCAAGCGGCCGCCGGGGAAGGCGAGCCCGGCUCCGCGGCCAGGGAAGCGCAGCGCCGAGAAGAAGAAGGUGGACAGCCGGCCCCAGAGCCGGGACGAGCAGGAGAUCCCCUUCCGGCUCCGGGAGAUCAUGAGGAGCCGCCAGGAGAUGAGGAACCCGCUGAGUAACAAGAAGAGAAGAAAAGAGGCCCGAGCGACCUUCAGGAAGACGCUGGAGAAGGAAGCCAAGGGAGACGAGCCGGACAUCCCCGUGCCCAAGUUCAGGCAGAGGAAGUGGGAGUCGGACGGGGCCUAUGUGCAGCGCAUGGAGCAGGAGGCCCAGCAUGUGCUGUUCCUGACCAGGAACCAGGCCGCGCGGCAGCCGGAGGUGCAGGCGGCUUCCAGGAAGAAGUCGGAGAGGAAAAAGGCGUUCCGGCAGCGACGCCUGGAUAAGGCCCGGCAGCGCAGGGAGGCCAAGGCUGCAGACCGGCAGGAGCAGGAGCUGCUCCAAGACACGGUAGAGUUUGGUGAGGUGGUCCUGCAGCCCCCUGAGCUGACUGCCAAGCCCAGGAGCAGCAGCAGCAGAGAGCAGCCUGGCAAGAAGUCGCUGGUGCUGAGGACGCUCCUGAGCCCAGCCACAUGCCCACUGCCGCGUUCCUCACUGGCCCGGCAGCGCAUCGUCGGGGAGGAGAGAGCGCGGGCUGUGCAGGCCUAUAGGCUGCUGAAGCGGCAGCGGCGGCCCCAGUAGGCAUGUGUUAUCCAGCAUGUCCUGGGACACGAGGCUGUGAGCCCUGCCCGCCUGUCACCAUGUGGGGGCCCUUUCUCCAUUAGACUGCCCUUCUGCAGGGACCUGAGUGCAGCACAGAGACUCCUGCAGGGCCAGGGCACUUCUCGGGGGCUUGGUCCUGAGGGAGACAGUCCAGCACAGAGGGCAGGGAGGCUGUGAGCCCUUGACCAGCCUCGCCAAGCAGGAUGGCCAUGGUGAGGCCUAGGGCUG